AUUUCAUGUGCGAAAUUCAAACGCUGGUCGAUGGCUGGAGUUUCGUUUCGUUUCGAAUUAGUCACCCAUAAGCAUGAUGUAAUAGUUGCUCAAUCGUUGCCUUAACCUUGGCCGAUUCAAACACAUAUUUACGAAAACAAGCGCUGUGGUACUCGUUUAACGCAAAUAUUUUGCCAGAGCCGUACGAGUUUACAGAUUCUUCGGUUAAUCUUAUGUUCAAUGUGGCUGCCGUCAAGAAAGAAAACAAGAUCAGGCACAAUGCCCGACUAUUAUGUUUUAAUGUUUUCAAAAACCUAGUAUUCGCUACAUGUUUCGAGGUUGGGAAAAGCAGUUGGUGGAAAUCCCUGGAUUUCUAUCUUAAUUUCACUCAUUAUUUGUGGAGGAUGUGCUGCUGGACUGAUCAACUUUACCCAGGAGGCUCGAGGGGACAAGUUAUGGACUCCUGAAGAUUCAACUACACAAAAACACAAGCUGUGGGUGGAUGAAAAUUUUCCUUUAGAAGUGCGCUUUUCCACAGCUCUACUUGUGGCAGGAGAUGUUCUUACUCCUGCAGUUUUGAAAGAGGCACUUAUGAUUCAAAACAAGGUCACCAAAAUAGGCAAUGGAACUGAUAUUUCUUGGGAAAAAUUUUGUUUUAGGGUUGGUCCAGUUUGCUCUAACAAUGGUCUACUGGAGCUUUGGUCGUUUAAUGAGACUCUCAUUAAUUCUCUAACAAAGGAAGAAAUCUUGAAGAAAAUAAACCAACCAGUCAUAAUAAGUCCUGUGACAAACAAAAGAUUUGUGCUGUCCCAGUACUUGGGUGGAAUCAAGAAGAAUGAAUCAGGUUACAUUACAAAGGCUGAAGCAACAUCAAUGUCAUAUGGGAUAAAAUAUACCCCUGAACUGAACAAAAACACAGGAGCUUUGGAGGAUAAAAAUACAAAUGAAUGGGAAGAAAAAUUUGGAAAAUUGAUGGAUGCUCAGGAACCAUCAUCUGCAGAGCUGUAUUAUUACACUCGUCUCCAAGACCAAACAGAUUCAGGUGACAGCAUUCAAGGUGAUGUUCAACUCCUUUCCAUUGGGUACAUUCUCAUCAUUAUCUAUGUUGCGGUUAUGCUUGGAAGAUUAAGUCGUCUCAAUAUCAAGGCUUGGCUGGCUUUACUUGGUGUCAUUUGCAUUGGACUGGCCAUUGGUGUGUCAUUUGGGCUGGCCAGUGCUUUUGGAGUUUUUUAUGGUCCUGUUCACUCAACACUGCCAUUUCUUUUACUCGGUAUUGGAGUAGAUGACAUGUUUGUUAUUGUACAAGCAUGGAACAACUUAUCCCCUGACACUCAUAAGAACCAAGAAAUUGCAGAGCGCAUUGGACUUGCUUUAAAACAUGCUGGUUGUUCAAUAACAAUUACAUCUUUGACUGAUUUCUUGGCUUUCAUGAUAGGAGCAACCACCAUUUUACCUGCCUUAAGAUCUUUCUGUCUUUUUGCUGGAAUUGGUAUUUUAGCAGACUUUGCACUUCAGGCCACAAUGUUUACAGCCUUCUUAGCUCUGGAUGCUAGAAGGCAAAAUAAGAAUCGAGAUGGCUGCUGCUGUUGUAUCAAGCUGAGAGAUGAUUACACAGAAAGUGAGCGCGGCAAGAGAGAUCUCUUGCAGGAAUUUAUGGACAAAUAUGUUGCACGAGCCUUACUUUCACUUCCAGGAAAGAUCGUUGUGAUAAUUAUAACAGGAACCCUUUUUGGUGUUAAUUUGUACGGUACACUGAUGCUGCGGCAGUACUUCGACCGUAUCUGGUUUUUGCCAGUCGAGUCAAUGAGUUACAAGUACAGCACAAUGAAUACCAAGUAUUUCCCUGUGGAUGGGAGACCGGCAAAUAUCUACACAGGAAAGUUUGAAUAUUUUGAAAAUCAAGGCAAACUACACGGCCUUUACGAUCUGGCAGUCAGUGACGAGUAUGUGGUGGCAAGCUCAGUGAACAGUUGGUAUGAAGAAUACAUUGACUGGGCCAAGAAAGUGAAACCAGGACAAGUGUUUGAUCAGAGCAGCUCUAAAUGGAAAAUAAACAGCAAAACGGAAUUCUACAAAUGGCUGAACGAGUUUCUAAAGGGGCCUGGGAUCAGCUAUCGUAAUGAUGUGCGAAUGAAGAAUGGAACGGGGUCAACCUUUGAAAUUACAGCUACUCGAAUGAGAUUGACGCAUAAAGACAUGGACUCCACACAAACAGAAGUCAAAGCUAUGGAGGACUUGCGUGAAAAAGUCGGAGAAGUGUUCCCCGAUGAGCUUGCCUUCCCGUACUCUUUCUUUUAUCUGGGAUGGGAGACAAACAAGGUGAUCUCCGAGGAACUGUUUCGUAAUAUGGGCCUGGCAUUAAUGACAGUGUUUCUGGUGACUCUGCUUGUCCUGGCAAACCUGUGGACCUGUCUUCUUGUUUUCACUUGUGUCGGCUUCACUUUGGUCAACAUCACAGGUACGAUGCAUUUUUGGGGCCUGACAAUUGAUACUGUGAGUACUAUCUGUCUGGUGCUGGCGGUUGGGCUGUCUGUGGAUUACGCUUCCCAUGUUGGACACACUUUUAUGAUAAUACCAGGCUCGCGAACCGAACGUGCUCGCGCUACUUUGAGGGAUAUUGGGCCAGCAGUGUGGAAUGGAGGGUUCAGUACAUUUUUAGCUGUGUUUCUUUUGGCGUUUUCCAAUUCGUAUGUGUUUAAGACGUUCUUCAAGGUGUUUUUCUGUGUAGUCGUAUAUGGUUUGUUUCACGGCUUGUGCUACCUUCCCGUGCUGCUCAGCGCUAUCGGACCAGCUCCGUACGAAUCUGCGCAGUCGCAUCAUGAUGGCAAGGGAACUAGGAGCCGGUCACCGGUCCACCCCACGGGGCUACCGGGGGAUAACGUCAGUUAUGAACUGGCUGUGGCUAAUGGUAAGGGCACCCCACAGAAGAGUGCCCAAAAUGGCGGAUAUCCCAUCCCACCUCCGGAAUAUCAAGGUGUUGAUACGUCAAACUUGGCCAAUGGAUCCAAAGAUAAUCAAGCGUUCAAAUCCAGUGUUGCUACAGAUCUGAACAAGGCCUAGCCGGAACACAAAUUAAGUAGGGUGUUAAAAUUGUAUACUUCCACUCUUCUGUCUUUGUUUUCUA